AUGUGCAGUUCCAGGAUAAGGCUCCUGAAAAUUGUCAAAGUCCUAAUUUGCCUCAUUGUUUUAACACAGUUCUGCCUCUUCAUUGUCAAUUCCAGCUCCUUGUUUGACUUGGCAAAGACAAAGAUUUUCAGGAAAUUGAACAUUUUCCAACAUGCCCCAGAGACACAGGAAGUGGAUACCCAAGAGCAACAGGGUUUAAACUGUUCUGAUAAUGGGAACUCCAAUAGCAUUUUGAAGGUGGCUUUGGGAGGACACAUCACAAGACUCAAAGAUGUGGUGGAGAAGACACUAAGAUGGAAAGGAAAGGAGGAGCAGAAGGAGACAAUGAAACCAGUUAUGAGGGUUAAGGAAGCCAAGGAGAACAUGGCUGUGAAACCACCACCCCAGUUGGAGGGAAUCACGAAGACAACAGUGGAAGCAGCCCCUAUGGUGCAGGGAAAAAAGGGGAAAACAGCAGUGAGCCCAGCUCCAUGGGUGAAAGAAGCCAAGGAAAAGACAACAGUGAAACCACUUCCCAGGGAGAAGGGAGGCAAGGAGAAGGCAACAGUGAAACCAUCCUCUGGGGCGAAGGGAGCACAUGAGAACAACACAUCCAAAGACCAAGCAAAACCCAAAGCACCUCCUGCAUCAAUGAAAACUCUAAGACCUGCUCCUCAGGCUGCUGCAGUGACACAGAAGAGGAAACUGAGUGCUGCUAAUUUCCCAUCUGAGCCACAUUGGGAUUUUGAGGAUGAGUACCUGCUGGAUAACUCAUCCCCACCCUCGACCUGCUCUGAAUCAGUGAGGGCCAGGGCUGCCAAGUCUGACUGGCUGCGGGAUCUUUUCCUGCCCAACAUCACGCUCUUCAUAGACAAGAGAUACUUCAGUGACAGUGAAUGGAACCGCCUGGAGCAUUUUAUACCUCCCUUUGGCUUCAUGGACCUGAAUUAUUCACAGGUAAAGAAGGUCAUAUCCCUGCUGCCCCCAAAGCCCCACCAGCAGCUGCUCCUGGCCAACCAUGACAGCAGUGUGCCCACGUGCAUCAGCUGUGCUGUCGUGGGGAAUGGAGGAAUACUGAAUAACUCUGGGAUGGGCCAGGAGAUUGACUCCCAUGACUAUGUCUUUAGGGUGAGUGGGGCUAUAAUCAAGGGCUAUGAAAAAGAUGUGGGAACAAAAACCUCCUUUUAUGGAUUCACAGCCUACUCCCUGGUUUCCUCUCUUCAGAUCUUGGGACACAGAGGGUUCAGCAACAUCCCAUGGGAUAAACAUGUCAGAUACAUUCACUUCCUGGAGGGAGCAAGAGACUAUGAGUGGCUGGAGGCUCUUCUGUUCAACAAGAGCAUCAGGAAAGGAUUCUUGAACCUCGGGCAGAAGCCCCGGCAGAAAUUUGAUAAAGAUUUCACAAUGGACAAAUACCUGGUGGUUCACCCUGAUUUCCUCAGAUACAUGAAAAACAGGUUUUUAAAGUCUAAAAGUUUGGAAAAGCACUACUGGAGGCUGUACAGACCCACAACAGGGGCUUUCCUGCUGCUGACUGCCCUCCAUCUCUGUGACCGGGUCAGUGCCUAUGGCUACAUCACAGAGGGGCAUGAGAAGUACUCAGAUCACUACUAUGACAAGGACUGGAAACGUCUGAUUUUCUAUAUUAACCAUGACUUCAACCUAGAGAAGCAGGUGUGGAAAAGGCUUCAUGAUGAAAAUAUCAUGAAACUUUACCAGAGAACCUAA